AUGCGGGCAAUUCCAAAUAAGCAUCCUCCCCACAUUUCGCUUUUGUACUGCUUCCGUCUGCUUCCGGCGAAAAUACAUCAGAACGUCCCAGGCACGGGCGAAAAAUACGAUCGUCGGGGACCGUAUUUAUAUCGCCGGUUAUCACCCCAUAAUUGGAUUUGGAUCUUAGUUCUACCAUUCUACCGUUCAAGUUUAGUGACAUCACGCAAUGGGUGCUCGCUGUCCUCGAGGUCGGAAGGGAAAAGAGUCCAACUCAGCAUCCGGGUGGGGAAGGAGAAUUCGUCGUUGACUCAGCUGACCAGGGUUUCGCCCCCACGCCUCUGGAGGAGAUUGGAGUUUCCGUUUCUGGGCUGAGGCUGUUUUUAGACGGAUUACAGCCAACCAACCGGCUCAGCCCAGCGAGGAGACGGUGGAAAUGAAGA